AUGCUGGUAGGGAGUAUUGCUCUUGGAAGCAAAUUAAUGACAAUUGAUAAAUAUCUAUGGCGAGGGCGAGGUAAGACCGCCAACCCAUUCCUAGGUUCCAAGUUCAGCUGCAUUUCGGGCAAGUUUCCUGCCGCAACAACCCCACAGCUUUGGAAUUAUCCAUCCAAGGCAAUAACUGCUCAAUCGUCCUGCUGGGCGUUUGUUAGUUCGGAAUACGAGAAUCUUGUAAACAUGGUUUCAACAGAAGAAGGGUGGCAUGUUGCCAGCGAUGGAGUGAAGUUGUAUACCAAGACGUGGAAGACUGAUGGACCACCAAAGGCUAUUAUUGCAUUCGUGCAUGGCUUUAGUGAUCAUUGCAACUCCUACUACGAUCUCUUCCCCACAUUGGCUUCUUAUGGGAUUGAAAUCAGAGCAGUGGACCAACGAGGCUGGGGUCGCUCUGUCACUGAUAAGGCAAGCCGUGGCCGGACAGGAGGAACGGAGGUUGUCAUGUCCGAUAUCCACUCUUUCGUCACCAGCAUCUUCGAGUCCAUAAAAUCGACAACCGUUUCGGAUCACGAUGCCUCACAUUCAGAGACCCCUGUGUUUAUGAUGGGACACAGUAAAGGCGGUGCAGAGGUUCUCUACUAUGCGCUUAACUCGUCUCUGGAUCUACCCCCCAUUGCUGGAGUCUUAGCAUAUUCACCUCUUAUUGCGCUUCAUCCCAGCACACGACCGUGGAACCUUACGGUCUUCCUGGGUAGAAUGGCGUCAAAGAUCAUGCCAAGUUUCCAGCUUGUAACACCUCUUAAUGAAUAUUUGAUGUCAAGAGAUAAGCGCAUUUGUGAGGAGUGGAGGCGGGAUCCUCUCUGUCACGAUACGGGGACAUUGGAAGGGAUCGCUGGAAUGAUGGAUCGGGCAUUAUGGUUGGAGAGCGAGCAGGCUGGGAAAAACAGCAAAUACAAGCUACCUAUCUGGAGAGAUUAG